UUUCAUUCUUUAGUUGAAAGAUGUAUGAGUGUAAUGCAGUCUGGGACUCAGAUGAUUAAACUGAAGAAUGGAGCCAAAGGUCUUGUGCGUCUUUUUUAUCUUGAUGAGCACAGAACAUGCAUCAGAUGGAGGCCAUCCAGGAAAAGUGAAAAGGCAAAAAUCAUAAUUGAUUCUAUCUACAAAGUCACUGAAGGUCGGCAAUCGGAAAUAUUCCAUCGCCAUGCAGAGGGCAACUUUGAUCCAAGUUGCUGCUUUACAAUUUAUCAUGGCAACCAUAUGGAAUCACUGGAUCUGAUAACUUCUAACUCAGAGGAAGCACGUACCUGGAUCACUGGGCUGAAAUAUUUGAUGGCUGGGAUAAGUGAUGAGGACUCUCUUGCUAAAAGACAGAGAACACAUGAUCAUUGGGUGAAGCAGACUUUUCAGGAAGCUGAUAAGAAUGGUGAUGGUUUGCUGAAUAUUGAAGAGAUUCACCAGUUGAUGCAUAAACUGAAUGUCAACCUGCCCAGAAGAAAAGUAAGACAAAUGUUUCAGGAAGCUGACACAGAUGAGAACCAGGGAACUUUAAACUUUGAAGAGUUUUCUGUGUUUUACAAGAUGAUGUCAUUACGGCGUGACCUGUACUUGCUGCUUUUGAGCUAUAGUGAUAAGAAAGACCAUCUCACUGUUGAAGAUUUUGCUCAGUUUUUGAAGGUAGAACAGAAGAUGAAUAAUGUGACAACAGAGUAUUGCUUAGACAUCAUAAGAAAAUUCGAGGUUUCAGAAGAAAACAAGAAUCAGAAUGUUUUGGGCAUAGAAGGCUUUACCAAUUUUAUGUGCAGUCCAGCCUGUGAUGUGUUCAAUCCACUGCACAGUGAGGUAUACCAGGAUAUGGAUCAACCUCUUUGCAACUAUUUUAUUGCUUCUUCCCACAACACAUAUCUCACUGGAGACCAGCUUCUGUCUCAGUCUAAAGUAGAGAUGUAUGCCCGAGUCCUACAAGAUGGCUGCCGAUGUCUGGAAGUUGAUUGCUGGGAUGGUCCGGAUGGAGAACCAGUUGUGCAUCAUGGUUACACCCUUACUUCCAAAAUAUUUUUUAAAGAUGUAGUAGAUGUAAUAAACAAAAAUGCCUUUGCUAAGAAUGAGUUUCCAAUUAUACUGUCUAUUGAAAAUCACUGUAGUAUUCAACAGCAAAAGAAAAUUGCUCAGUACCUCAAGGAGAUUUUCCGUGACAAGCUAGAUUUGACCUCUGUGAACACUGGCGAUCCCAAGCAGCUUCCAAGUCCUCAGAGUCUGAAAGGCAAAAUCCUAGUCAAGGGUAAAAAGCUCCCAUAUAGUCUUGAUGCAGAUGCUGAAGAAGGAGAGGUUUCUGAUGAAGACAGUGCUGAUGAAAUUGAAGAUGACUGCAAGUUAAAUUUUUCUUAUAGUAAUGGCACAACACAGCAUCAAAUGGAGUCUUUUAUAAGAAAAAAACUUGAAUCCAUAUUAAAAGAGUCUCAAAUCAGAGACAAAGAAGAUCCUGAUAGCUUCACUGUGAGGGCUCUUUUAAAAGCAACACAUGAGGGCUUAAAUGUAAACUUUAAACAGAAUUCGGGUUUGAAGGACACUAGCAGAAAAUCCCACAGUAAACUCAUGGGCAGCUUCGGUAAACAUAAGAAGGCAGCUAAAUCAAAGUCCAAAUCUCACAGCACAUCUGAUGAUGAAGAUUCUCAGCAAAAUGCUUCUGGGAAAGAACCUGGACAAUUAUACAGCCGGUUGGCUCGGCGGAGAAAAACGAUGAAGCUGUGCCGUGACCUUUCUGAUUUAGUGGUGUACACAAAUUCUGUGGCAGCUCAAGACAUAGUUGAUGAUGGAUCAGUGGGGAAUGUAUUAUCCUUCAGUGAGACAAGAGCUCACCAGGUGGUCCAGCAGAAACCAGAGCAGUUCAUCCUUUAUAAUCAGAAGCAGCUCACCAGAAUUUAUCCAUCUGCCUACCGGAUUGACUCGAGCAACUUUAACCCUUUACCAUAUUGGAAUGUUGGCUGCCAGCUUGUGGCAUUAAAUUACCAGUCUCAUGGGCGGGUGAUGCAGUUAAACCAAGCCAAGUUCAGGAUGAAUGGCAACUGUGGAUACAUCCUGAAACCUCAACAGAUGUGCAAAGGCACUUUUAAUCCAUAUUCUGGAGAUCCUCUUCCUGCUCUCCCUAAGAAGCAACUUAUACUCAAAAUCAUCAGUGGCCAACAACUACCAAAACCUCCAGAUUCCAUGUUGGGAGACAGAGGGGAGAUAAUUGAUCCAUUUGUUGAAGUUGAAAUUAUUGGGUUACCAGCUGAUUGUUGCAAAGACCAGACCAGAGUUGUAGAUGAUAAUGGAUUCAAUCCUGUUUGGGAAGAAACUCUGACUUUCACUAUCCAUAUGCCUGAAAUAGCAUUGGUUCGAUUUCUAGUUUGGGAUCAUGACCCCAUUGGCCGAGAUUUUGUGGGACAAAGAACUGUGGCUUUUAGCAGCCUGAUGCCUGGCUAUCGUCAUGUUUAUUUAGAAGGACUGACUGAAGCUUCAAUUUUUGUUCAUAUAACCAUCAAUGAAAUUUAUGGAAAGUGGAGUCCUUUAAUCCUCAAUCCCAGUUAUACUAUCAUGCAUUUUCUAGGAGCCACAAAGAACAAGCAACUAAUCGGACUCCGAGGGCUUUUUAAUAAGAACCCCAAACAUAAUUCAGUGGAAAACAGCACUCAUUAUAUUAGAAAAAGGUCCCUUGGGGAUCGAAUUCUCCGACGCACAGCCAGCGCUCCAGCGAAGGGUAGGAAAAAAAGCAAAAUGGGCUUUCAGGAAACCACUGACCUUAAGGAAAGUGUAUCAGAGACAUUGGACUUGAAAGAGAAGGAAGGAGUUUUCAGGCAAACCAGCAGAAGUUUACAGUUCCGACCCAUCUCCAUGCCAGUUGAUAAAUAUCUUCUGGUGGGCUUGCCUCCAUCAGAUCAGGAUGCUACCAGAGUUGUUGAAGUUUCCAAAAGUGAAAGUACAUCUGCAGAAAGUAGAAAUAAUACAAGCGAGGACUGUACAAAUGUGAAGAAAACCAUCUCCUCUUCUGAGAAAAAUUCAUCUUUUACAGAGUUUUCAUACCUGCUUAAGAAAGAUGUACCCAAGUCUGGUAAAUGUGAUACAUUUUCCCCAUGUGAAAAAGGAGAAAGCCUAAACUUUGCAAUUGGGAUAGCUGAAACCUAUUUCUCCACUGAGUAUUGGAAAAGCAAUUUUUCCAAUGAGUUUGUUCAUGUAAAGGAGGACCUUGAAAGAAAAAAGCAUGAAGAUAUAGGUUGCAUUGAUCAAAAGACACUGGAGAUAACUGCACUUUGCAAAGAAAAGAAGAAAAUAGCAGGAAAUUCUCUUCCUCCAGGAGAUGAAAAAGCUAAUAUCGAAUCUCCCCCAAUUUUAAAUACAACUAUAACCAAUUUGUCAUCAACUGAACCAUCAUCUCCUAUUUGUUACGAUGGGUGUGGUUUUAAUUGUACACCAGCCAUCUCUGAUAGUGACAUUUCUCAUCUGAUUAGUGAAGUCUCUGUAGCUGAUGAGAGAGAUAGGAAUAAUUCUGUCUCAGUGUUGAUAGAACAAGUUGAUGUCACAAGUGACCAAACUAAUUUAACUCUUGUUUCAAGUCCUCCUGUAAUUAAUAAACAGAAUAAUAAUCUGAAGCCCACACAUCUACCAUCUACAUCACUGCAUGAUCAAAAGAUCAUUUUGGAUCGUAAGUCUCUAAACUUAAAACCAGCUGGAUCAGCAACUUGUUCAACAGCAGAAAAUACUAUGAUAUCCACCCCUAAGACAACAGGGUGUUCUCUGUACACAAUUAUCCAUGAGGCCUCUCUUUCUCCAGUUUCUCAACCUGAAUCAAUGGAUACAUUCAUUUGCAAAGAUACAACCCAGGAUGCAAAAGACAGUUGCAUAAAUGAGAGUGCCAAAGAUACUUGCUGCAUUUCACCUGUCACCAUGCAGAAAUCAAACCCUAAAAGAAAGUGUGGAACAAGCUGGGAAUUUCUCAGCAAUAACAACUCCUAUACUUCUGACAGCUCAGACAUACAGAAUACAAUAGUUGUCCCAGUCACUUGUGCAAAUUCUACUGGUAGCAGCCUAAUGGAAGCUGAUGGGGAGCUACAAGACCUCUUGAUAACUGCUUUUGAAUAUAAGAUGCAAGAUAUGAGCCAAGUUGCUUCUCCUUUGAAACUUAAGCAGGGUCAGGAUACACUAUACUAUAACAAAACCAUAUGUGAACACCUAAAGAGCACGGACUUUCACAGUGAAAACCUAGUUGAAGAUUUUAAGUUUAAGAAUGAUAAGAAUCAGUAUCUUCCAUACCCAUGUCAUCAGAACUUUGAUCUUUUGUACAAUAAUUGUUUGCAAAUUUCAGAUAUGCAAAAUGAAUUGUUAAACAUUCCUCAAACAGCCAGUAUAGAUGCUGCUCUUAAGCCUAAGAAUGCUCUGCCUUCACCUUUUCCUGGAGCUCAAAAACAACAGAGCCCUUGUAAAUCAAAAAGUCUUGGGGACUUAACCUCGGAAGAUAUCUCAUGCAAUUUUGAGAGCAAGUACAAAUAUAUUAGUAGAGGUUUUAUUACAUCUGGUAUGAGAGACAACAUGGUGGCCGCUCUGAAGGCCAAGAAACCACCGACUACAGACACGCUGACCGAACAGCUGCGAAAACUUGUGUCUUUUGAUCAGGAAGAGAGUUGCCAAUCAUUUUGUUCUAAGCAAAAUGAUGAUUGCCCAAAAAUGCUGGUCAGAAAACUGUCAUCCAGAAGUCAGAGCAGAGUGAGAAAUAUUGCUAGCCGUGCCAAGGAGCGACAAGAAGCCAACAGACAAAAACUUUCUACUGUUAGCAGUAAUGUAACAGGCAUAGUCCUUCGAAAUAAGCCACCAGUACUGCCUCAUAUCAUCAAUAGGCAUUCCACUGGAUCUUAUAUAGCCAGCUAUCUAGAUAACUUCAACCCAGAUAACCUAGAACGCAGAGGGGUCCCAGAAGGUGCAUGCUCAUCUUUGCGUUUGGGGUACAGUGACCGAUUUUGUACAGAUGACUCUCUUUUAGAGACCAAGUCAAGUGAAGAUGACAAACCAGAAAUCUAUUUUCUCCUAAGACUAUAAAUUGUAUAAAUGUAUAUCUUCAUUGUUUACAAGCUCCACUGAAUGAAGGAUUAUCAGUAAGCAGUGCAUCCAUUAGCAUUUAAAUUGCUGAUUUUUUGUUUUGCUACUGCUUGAAUCUGGUAAUUAAUUAGUGUGUCCAUUUUGAUAAAAGUUUAUGUAAAUAGGUGUGGUGAAACGUCAUGUAUGUUUUUCUUAUUUUAAGAAUCUCUACACAUUUGUUGCUUUCUGCAUGAAGUGAAUCGUUCUGUCAUGUCUUUGCAAACCACAUACAACAGAAUUUGGUACAUCUAUUGGUCAGCAUGAAAUGCUAUGUUUACUACAUUUUUUUUAACUUCUAAAGAUUUUUAGAGUAAUUAUCAUCCAUCAUAUGAUUCUCUCCCUGAAGAAGUAAUUACAUUAUUUUUAAUUUAAUGCCUUUUCCAGAUAAAAAAAUAAGAUGUCCUAAAUUUAAAUUUCAUACCUCCAUCUAUAUUUAUUAGAUAAUAAAUUCCCUACACUGAGGGAAACAAACAUUCAUUCACAAAUUGCAGAAACAUUCAUUAUUUGCAAAAAGUUCUGUAGUCCCUAUUAAUUUGUUGGCUUAUAUAUCCCAUUUCUUCUUCUGUUGCUGCUGCUCUAUUUAUUUCAACUAGACUCCCAAAAAAUCCAGUUCUUCCCCUAACUGUUGCUUUGCAGCAAUACCAGUGUGAUUCAGUGUGAUUAAAUCAUGUGAAUUUGUUUUCUGUAUCUCCAUUUCAUUGUAGAUAUUUGAUUGUUUUGACACCGACAUGUUGGAGCACAGUAACUUGUGGAUAUUCCCCCAAAGAAUACCCUCUGAAGUGAUGUAAAGAUUUGUGAUUCUUUCAUUGGCUGCUUGGCUGUUUAAAUUAAGUAGCACUGUGAUGUCAAAGAGCUCAAGAGUUCAAUAGUUUUCUGUUGCUGAUAAUGAGAUAAAGACAAGAUCAGGCAAAGCAGUUGGCAAAGUUGCUUUGCAAAGCUAUGUUCAUGCAAGCAAAGCGCCCCUGCUCAAAGCAUUAAAGCAUCCGCCUCCUCUAGCAGGCUCACACAGUUAUUUUGAAGAUAGUUUCCAGCUGCCUGCACACAGCAGCCUGACUUGAAUGUUGUCCCAGCUGCAUUUGCACCUUCAGACAACUGGAUAGUGAGCGUUCCAGAGGAUGUAGUUGCUUUAAUCCUUUAAACAGGAAUACCUUAUUCAUAUUAAUACACUUUGCACGGCUCUAUUAAAGACUAGUGGUUUUUUAGAAGUAUCUCCUUGUUCUUAAAGGACAUGUGUAUACUUUACAACUAUAUAAAAGUAUGGCUACACAGAAACCCACCACUGCAAUUUCAGUUUAAGGAAGAAAAGCAACAAACUCUUGGCAUAUGCUUUCUCAUCUACAGGAGAACCUCAUUUUUAAAACUCUUUUUAAAAAGAGUUCAAAGUUUUUCUUAAAAAACUUCAUCUCAUUUUUAAGUAAUCUGUUCACAGAGGUCAGUGCAGAUGCAACACUACUUAAUUUCCUAGUGACGGCAUGUUGCAAACUUCUUCCUACAUAGUGUCUUUACUUCUGGCCAUGAUAUAGUUUUCCAUCUGAGAUAGCUGUGUUUAACAUGAACCAGGAUUAUUUACACCCCCUAAAGCCAAUUGCUGAAAUUGGAAUUUGAUAAUGGGUUUUUUAGUCCAAAACGUCUGGCUGCUUUUAGUCAUUUCUUAAUGGUGAUGCAUAUAUGUAUAUGUACAUGUGUAUGUCUGUGUGUAUGCAUCAACAUAUGCAUCAGCAUGCAUAUAUAUAUAGAUAUAUAUAUAUAUGGAUAUGGAUAUGGAUAUGGAUAUGGAAGGGACUGGAAUGUUACGUCUUCCCAACAUUUUCUGUCAACUGUUUUUAUUUCCUUGACACCUGCCUUUAAUGGACAUAAAGGAAGAAAAGUUGCUUUUCAUGCAUUUGUUUUCUGUAUUUGGCUAUGAAUGUAAUUGAAAUGCAGUAGCAAAGUGGUAUGCAAUAAAGAACAUAACUCCACACAUAACAGGAGAAACAAAAAAGCUUUAUCAUGCUGUGGGUUUGAGACAAGGGCUUUUUCUAGUUCAUGCUAAGAGUGGAAGGAGAGUCGUAGUGAAAUCACUCCAAUAUGAUGUAGUAACAAUGUAGCAAUAUCCUAGGAGCUUCAUCUGCAUUGUGUAAUGACAGAUCUUGUUCUAUGUAAAAGGUAUGUACUAAAAAUACACACCUCUUUUAUAAUAUAGGAUAUUAUUUGUAUUCAUGAAAGGGAAACCUUAAAUAAAUUUGUAA